AUGGGCGGCUGCGUUGUUGGCUGGUUGGGGAUGGUGAGGCAGACAGAUUUCCAGCUAUUGAAGUUCCUUGAUCAUGGAAAAUACUGCACGUUUAAGAACUUUUCAAAAACUCGCAACAACCGCUACCCAAAGCCAUAUUGUAGCCACGACCUCCUUCAGGAAGACCGAGACCGUUGCGUAGCUUCUCUGACUCAGUCUUCCUCGACCGGAAGCUCAGAGCGUACGCACAUCGACGUCGCCCAUCCAGGAGCCCCGAACCCAUGCCCUCUGCCCUUCGUUUCCAAGGACCCGCAGGACCUCCAACUCAACCUGCAGGACCUCCAACCCGCAGGACCUCCAACUCAACCCGCAGGACCUCCACCUCAACCUGCAGGACCUCCAACCCGCAGAAACUCCAACUCAACCCGCAGGACCUCCAACCCAAGACAAAUAGCUAAUCAGACAGACCACACCAUCCCACAGCGCCCAUCAGGAGCCCCGAACCCAUGUCUCUGCCUUCGUUCCCAAGGACCCGCAGGACCUCCAAGGACCUCCAACUCAACUCGCAGGACCUCCAACCUGCAGGACUCAGAACCUCAAACCGCAGGACCUCCAACUCAACCCGCAGGACCUCCAACCCGUAGGCCUCCAACCCCGCAGGACCUUAGCAAGAUCUCCAAACACCCCAAGGACCUCCAACCUGCAGGACCUCCAACCCGAAGGACCUCUCAACCCGCAGGACAUCCAACCCGCAGAACUCCAACUCAACCCGCAGGGCCUCCAACCCAAGACAAAUAG